AACCCACAACACACAGAAACCAACAACUACCAAAAUACUAACCCUAGAAGUGGGCAAAGAAAAGGGAUCGAGAUUACACAAAUCCCUUCACUUCCUUUUUUUCAACCACAGAGACACCAAGUGCCUAGCGGCCAGCCGCAUUCUUUGAUCAACCGUUUUUCAUUCAGCUUCCCCUGGGCCUUGCAGGCACUCGAGCAAUCAUCCUCAACGCCAGCAAUUAUGCACAGUGACGACGACGAGAUCUCAUCACCUUUCAGUGAUGAAGGUAGCGAUGGCGGCUUCUCGCCAGGGCCUGUGGUAAGUCUUCCAUGGCCCGCGUUGGAAGUAUGCUAACAGUUUUUCCCCGUAGAAGAGGAAGCCUGCUGCAAAGAAAGCCGUAGCACCCAAAAAAACUACUGCACCGAAAAAGACUACUGCAGCAGCCAAACCCAAAGCGGCCUCAAAGAAGCGUGCUGUUCCUUCUGACGGUGAAGAUGACGACGGUAACCUAGCGGAUACACCACCGUCGGUAAAGAAGCAAAAGAAGGCUCCUGCUCCCAAGAGGGCGAAAACCUCGGCAAAGCCGCUCCAGUCUAAGCAAAACGAAUCGGAGUUAGAUGGGGAUGAUGAUGACUUUGGGGAAGGAUCAGGGUCUCCGAAGGAAAAGAAGAGCUUUGCAGAUUCAUACCAGAAGGUUCGAAUUAAUACCGAGGCUCCUCUUUGCUGAAGUGAACUGUUUGGUCUAAUCGCUCGCAUCACAGCUUACUCAAUUGGAGCAUAUCCUCAAACGCCCCGAUACUUACGUCGGAUCUAUAGAGCGAUCAGAGCGGCACAUGUGGGUUUUCGACUCCGGUGCGACUUCUAUGGUUUGGAAGCCUGUUACUAUGGUUCCUGGUCUGUAUAAAAUUUUCGACGAGAUUUUGGUCAAUGCGGCCGACAACAAAAUCCGUGACUCUAAGAUGGACGCUCUCAAGGUCACUGUUGACAAAGCGACCAAUACAAUUUCCGUUUAUAAUAAUGGGAGGGGUAUUCCGAUUGAGAUACACUCGGUAAGUCGCCCGCCGAUCGUUCCUAUAUUAGAUUAAGGGAUCUUUACUUACAACCGAAUAGAAGGAGAAAGUUUAUGUUCCGGAGUUGAUCUUUGGCCACCUUCUCACCUCUUCCAAUUAUGACGAUGACGAAAAGAAGGUUACCGGUGGUCGUAAUGGUUAUGGUGCAAAGCUCUGCAACAUCUUCAGUACUGAAUUCACGGUUGAGACUGGCGAUAAGAAUACUAAGCAAAAGUACAAGCAAACCUGGACGGACAACAUGGGCAAGAUGGGAAAGGCGAAAAUCACUGCAAACCCGAAGGGAGAGCAGUUUACGAAGAUUACGUUCAAACCCGAUCUUGCCAAGUUUCACAUGGAGGAGAUGGAUGAUGAUUUCGAGGCUCUUGUCAAGAGAAGGGUUUACGAUAUGGCUGGUAAGCUCGAGUUUCCUUGAGGAAUGGUGGAAUGUUUCAUGCUAAUGGCUGGGCUUAGCUUCUGUGAAAGACGUAAAGGUCUUCUUGAAUGGGGAGCGGAUAAAGUUGAACUUUAAGAAGUACUGUGAGAUGUAUAUCAAUGCACUGCACGAAGAAGCUGGCGGAGAAAAACCUGUGAUUACCUCGGAAGUCGUGAGUGAUCGCUGGGAAGUAGCCUUCGCUGCUAGCGGGGGCAAUUUCCAACAGGUAUCAUUUGUCAAUAGUAUCGCUACAACAUCCGGAGGAACCCAUGUGAAUUACAUUGCGGAUCAGCUUUGCACCCACCUCCAGGGAGCUCUAAAGAAGCAGAACAAAACUGGGGCCGCGGUCAAAAACGCUCAGAUGCGGAAUCAUUUCUUCAUAUUCGUCAACUGUCUGAUUGAGAAUCCAGCAUUCACCUCGCAAACCAAGGAACAACUGACUACUAGACCUACUGCGUUUGGUAGCAAAUGCGCUUUGAGCGACACGUUCAUUAAAAAUAUUUUGAAGAAUACUCCAGUUAUCUCGAACAUCAUCGACUUUGCCAAUAUGAAAGCUGAUAAGCAGUUGAAAAAAACGGAUGGAUCUAGACGGUCUAGGUGAGUCUUGGGUUAUUACUUGGUGGGUACAGUGCACUAACAGUUUCUAGAAUAAAUAAUCCAAAACUUAUCGAUGCCAACAGAGCUGGAACCAAGGACUCACAGGAAUGCGUGCUUAUUUUGACCGAAGGAGAUUCAGCCAGAUCGCUUGCUGUUGCUGGUAUAUCUGCAAUUGAUGGACGGGAUAGGUUUGGCGUUUUCCCCCUACGUGGAAAGCUUCUUAAUGUUCGGGAUGCCUCUCAUGAUCAAAUAAUGAAGAAUGCGGAAAUUCAAAACAUUAAACAGAUUCUGGGGCUGCAACACAAGAAGGUUUAUGAAUCAAGGAAAGAGUUGAGAUAUGGUCAUCUCAUGAUCAUGACGGAUCAGGAUUAUGACGGAAGUCAUAUCAAAGGAUUGCUUAUCAACUUCUUCGAGACUCAAUUCCCCAGUUUGCUCAAGUUACCCAACUUUCUGAUCGAAUUUAUCACACCUAUUGUGAAGGUGUUCAAAGGUGGUGUUAAAAAGCCAACCAAGGAGAUCAGUUUCUUUACCAUGCCGGAGUAUGAGUACUGGAAAGAGAACAACGCGGAGAAGGGAUGGGAACAUAAGUACUACAAAGUAAGUUUUCUCUUCCGGCACCUGGCGUAGCGGAUGUAUGCUGACAUCAUUAGGGUUUGGGCACCUCGGGCGAACGGGACGCAAAACUAUACUUUUCAGAUCUGGAGAGACAUGUCAAGGAGUUCCAUGUGAUGGAGGCGGAAGGCCAGCGACUAAUCGAACUCGCCUUUUCUAAGAAAAAGGCAGAUGAGCGGAAGGAAUGGCUUCGACUUUACAAGCCUGGAACUUACCUUGAUCACUCCAUUGAUAGGAUAUCAUAUCCGGAAUUCGUUAAUAAAGAGUUGAUUCUCUUCAGUAUGGCGGACAACAUCCGUUCCAUUCCCUCGGUUGUGGACGGCCUUAAACCUGGUCAACGCAAGAUUCUCUUUGCUUGUUUCAAGAGGAAGCUUACAAAACAACUCAAAGUUUCGGAACUGUCCGGAUUCGUUUCAGAGUGCACAGCCUAUCAGCAUGGUGAAAGCUCUCUCCAAGUAACGAUUACUGGUAUGGCGCAAACAUUUGUUGGAAGCAACAAUGUCAAUCUCUUGGAGCCCGAAGGGUCUUUCGGUACCCGCCUUGAUGGUGGAAAGGAUGCAGCCAGCCCUCGUUACAUUUAUACCCUAUUGUCACCCUUUGCCAGGAAGUUGUUCCCGGCUACCGACGAUCCCUUGUUGACGUAUAAUCUGGAUGACGACAAGAAAAUUGAACCUGCAUGGUACGCCCCUGUUGUUCCUUUGGUUUUGAUCAACGGAGCCGAUGGUAUUGGUACAGGUACGUUUGGGCACAUCUACAUCUGGCAUUAUUGGCGUUGCUUACAUGAUGAUAGGGUGGAGUACCACUAUACCGAAUUACAAUCCAGAAGAUGUGGUUGCCAAUAUUAGGCGUUUGAUGAACAAUGAGGAACUAGAAUCUAUGACUCCAUGGUAUCGUGAUUGGCACGGCAAGGUCGAACAGAUCACAGAGGACAAAUUCAGAUUCUCCGGGGUUAUCAAUCAGAUUGAUGGUGUUACUUGCGAGAUUCGGGAGUUGCCUAUCAAGAUGUGGACUCAAGAGUUCAAAGAGAAACUCGAAGAUAUCAUCAAGGGAGAGAAAUCAUUCAUCAAAGAUUAUGUUGAUUACAACUCUCCUCGACGGGUCCAUUUCAUUAUUACCAUGGAGUCUGAAAAGCAUAUGCAGGAAGCUUUGGCAGAGGGGCUUGUGAAUAGAUUCAAGCUUACGAAAACUAUAUCAACCAGCAAUCUUGUGGCUUUUGAUCCUGAGGGAAGAAUUAAUAAGUACGCUUCGGUCAAUGAUAUUCUGAGGGAAUUUUAUUAUAUUCGUUUGAAAUAUUACCAGGAGCGCAAGGUAUUUCAAACCAUAGUUCCCCUUGAUUGGUUCCAUUGCUAAUAUAUUCACAGGAUAACAUGCUUAAAGAAAUGGGCAAACAAUUGACGAAGUAUACUAACCAGGCUCGCUUCAUCCGAAUGAUCAUUAAGAAGGAACUGGCAAUCUCAGGGCGUAAGCGUUCUGAGAUUAUCGAGGACCUUGUGAAGAAGAAGUUUGAGAAAAUUUCCAAUAAGGCUGAAGCUCAGAAGGCUGGCGAGACUGAGGACACUGUUGAAGAAGAAGAUUCAAUUGUCGGGGAUGGUUACAACUAUCUAUUGGGGGUUCGUACGCCGUCAUUCUAUGGUAUAUUUAUGCAUGCUAACCGUUCCCUGAUUAGAUGGCUAUCUGGUCUCUGACACAUGAAAAGGUCCAGAAACUACUUCAGGAUGUCGCUGACAAAGAGCUCGAGGUCGAUGAACUUAUCAAGAAAUCUCCGAAAGACUUGUGGAAUACCGAGUUGGAUGCCUUUAUCGAAGAGUGGAGGGUACAAUUGGAGGAAGACAAAAAAGAGCAAGGCACCGUAGUCAAACGCAAGAAGGGUGGUAAGUACGGCGCAAAGAUGGUCAAAGGGAAGAAGAAAGCGGCUGGUAGUGACGAAUCGGAUUUCGAGGCUUCAAAACCAAAAAGAAAGCCGGCGGCGGCGAAGGUCAAAACAGAGGUCAAGAAGCAGACUAUACUGGGAUUCAAGUCAAUCGAUCAACCUCCGGAGAAAGCCCUUGACAGAGGGGCCGUCGCGAGGGCUGCCAAAAAAGAAGCGGUGGUGAUCGACGACCUGAGUGAUUCGGAUUUCGACAUGCUCGACCGGGAACCUAAACCGGCACCCUCUGCGAAGCCUCCUAUCAAAGUAACACAUGCCGAUGUGGAAUCAUCACCAGAACAAAAACCUCAACUGGGUCCCGUAGGAGACGGCGAAGACGAAUUCCUAUCACUGGAUGAGAAACCCUCCCUAAAACCGAAGACUAAGGCGGUGCUAGUCAAGAAACCUGCAAAGGGUGAAUCCGAAGCUGAAUCUGAGAUGGAGGUUCUUGCAAAGAAAGUCGCCCCGAAAGCUAAGGCUGCUACUAGGACCGCUCCGAAAGCUAAACCGGUUGCUGCGGAUGAUUCUAUCUUUGAUGUGGAUGUCUCAGACCCUCCGCCCCUGAGGACGGCUGUGACAAAACCAAAACGGGCAGCGGCAAGAAAGGCGUCAAUUCUGGAUAUUGCUGGAUCAGAUGACUCCGACGGGGAGAACGGUCUUGGGGAUGUCAGUGUCCUUGUUAAGGGUAUCGGGAGUCAGGGUAGUGACACCGGUAGGCCUUUGUUUAGAGAUUCUGCAAAGAAGGCAUCUGGCACUGCCUUGAAGGGUGCAGCCGCUAAGAAAGUGGCCCCUAAGGGAGUCUCGAAGAUCCCCCUCAACCUUGACAAGAACACUGGCAACGAGUCUGAAAGCUUGGACUCAGAUCAUGACGACAUCCCUAAACUUGUUAAGAAAGCCCCGAUAAAGAAGGCUGCACCACCAGCGAGGGCUGCACCGAAGAAGGCAGCAGAGCCCAAGAAGCCGGUCGCAAAAGCGGUGCCAAAGGCCAAGGCCAAGAAACCGAUUGCCUUGUCUGAGGACGAGGAUGAGGAUGAUAUGGAUGUGGACAAGAUGGCGGACGAACUUCUAGAUUCCGACGAUGAAGAUCUCUACGCUAAACCUUCGUCUAAGACUUCUAAAGCCUCGGCCAAACCUUCAGCUAAACCAGCUCCAAAAGCAGCCGAACCAGAGCCUCGCGGGAGGGCUGUAAGGGCUCGAAAGCCCACGAAUUACAAAAUCGAGCUUUCUUCUGAUGAAGAGGACGAUGAUGGUGACGAUGACGAUGAAGGAUCUGAGGAUUACGGAGGGGAUUCCGAUUAGUCUAACUUAUGGUGUUCUACGUUUCUUACUUAUUUUGCUUGGGAGGCCUAGGCGGGGUAACUGGUGCAUUUGUGAGAGUUUAGGGAAACAAAGUUUGGGGUGAAAAGCGAUACCUUUGAACAUUUUUAUGUAGCAUAGACUUUUGUAAAGGGAGUAAACGUCCCUUUCUUGCUCACAAAAUCGGGAGAAGGGGAUUUUCAUUUUUAUUUUCUGUUUUUCUACAAGGUUCAUUACAUGGUUACUCUCAUUCUUAUUGGGCGAUUCGUUGUGCAUUAAUUUUAUACAAUGGCGUUUCAUCUCGCUGUCUUUCAAUUG